AUGCUCAACCGCGCCCUCUCCGCGGGCGCGUGCGGGAUAAAGGCUCGAAUCGACGUCGAUGUGUUUGAGAGGGGAACGGAAGUCGAAUCGGCACCACCGGUGAAUGAUCUCGCGUCGACGGUCGAUAAGGAAAACGAUACGCGACGGAUGAAGACGGUGAAAGCGACGCGAUCCACGUCGUCGUCGUUCGGGGCGAAGAGAUCGACGCGAGCGAAGAGCGCGGUGGACCCGACGCGAAUCGCCCUGUCGCCGCUCGGAGCGAACGGAGCGACGACGACGACGACGACACCCUUGGCGCGCGCGCGAUCGCUCGUCCAGCGCGAGACAGGGGAGGUGUUUAGAAUGGCGAGCGACGCCGCGAGCGCGAUCGAGGCGAUGGAUCUAGAGGACGCGAGCGUUUCGGCUUCGGAGUCGCGAAGUCGUCGAGGGGCGGCGUCGUCGUCCACAUCGAGCGGGACGGACGAGAUCGUCGCCUUCGCGCGAGACGUCGCGCGCGCGGCGGACGAGGCCGUGGCGCGGGCAGAAACGUUAGAACGCGAUUUGGAAGACGCCCUGGCCGCUCUCGCGGCGAGUGCGGACGAUUUAGCGGAGAUCGAGCGGGAGCGGGAGACGUGGGAGAGCGAAAGGGAGGCGUGGGAGUUCACCCUCCUGUACGAAUCGCGCGAGCGCGAGAAGGCGGCGAAUAAGGCGAGAGAGCUCGAGGAAGUAUUGAGCGUACGUGAGCGCGAGAUUGAGGCCAUGCGCACUUCGGCGCCGAAGACUCGUCCUCCGAGCGCCGCCGCGCGGUACGCCGUAGCCAACCUCCGAGACGAGAUCCGAGCCAUGUUGAGAGCCGAAAUCGAGCGCGAGAUUCGCGAGGAGGAAGCGCGGAAGUGA